CUUCAAUCUCGAGUUUUACAUAAUGUUCGAUAGUUUUAUUUUAAUUAUGUCAGACUUUAAUUGGCACACGAUCUUCUUCUAUCUCAUACAUUCACUUUCACUUUCACUAUUUUAUACCUACGUUUUACAUAUGUCCAAUACCAAUUCAGAUUUAUAAUAAUACCCUACAGAAACUACUGUUAUGGAACCUAUGAUUGUAUUCUAAAAAAAAUCCGUUAAUUUGCUUUGCCUAGACCCGUUUAUACCUAUCUGAUCCUAACCCAUGAAUACCUAAUAUCCGCGUACCCUUGCCGAUCCUAUAAUCCACGAUCUCGCCUACCAUGUGCUCCUAUUAACGAAUUCUCUACCUUUUUCUCCAUCGACCGUCGCUGCAACUAGUUGCUACUGGGUUAAGAGUAGUGACAUUCGUGCUGUCAUAGGCGCCGAUCGCUCCGACAAAAUAUGCUUCUCCUUCACCAGGUUGGCAGUGUCAAGAUCGGUGAAGUCGUCCGCUAUACCGUCACCUAUUCGCCCUCCCACGACCGAAUCCUACCUUCACCUGACGUCCUUCACCUACGAAUCCGCAAUACUUCUCCUAUACCCCUGCGAGCUGCCUUCGUCCACGGCCCAUAUACCCUUAGCGUUUCCGCGUUUCCCGCUCACUACGAUCCUAAUGUUAAAUUCGAAAAUCCUCGCCGGUAUGGAGUUCCUGAAUUCGAACCUAUGCUCAAGGCCGGAGGCACGUGGACAUGCCAGUUAAUAGUACCUGAUGAUAUUCGCGAGAGUGCCGGGACCGGUGCUGCGAAGGGUAAUUUCGGCCAUGGUGCUGCAGAUGAAGAUGCUCCAAAAAGCGCAAGUUGGGUCGUAGAAAUUUCAAGUCAGGUCAUAUUCUCCGCCAGCGCCGAUGUAGGCUAUGAGGUCUUGCUCGGACGAGAUGAGAAGAGUCUAAACCUUGGUGGCGUGCCGGUGAUUGGGGGCCAGGCUCAGGUUCCACAACCUGGGAAAGUGACUGAUUUCCAACAAAGCGUAGGCGCAAAGGAUGGCCAUCACCCAGCUCAACCCAAGGGGGUUUUCUCACGAGCCCUCUCCUUGAAGGUUGAGGACACAGCAAGUCUAUGGAAUACACCACCGUUACCAGGCUUAAACGAAUGGGACCAUGGGAGAGCUAAACCAUCUGGUAUGGAAAAGGCGAUUAACAGUGUCACGGAACCAGCGGAUGCUAAGGAAUAUAACGCACAAACACGUCACCCGAAGAAAGUCCAUUUGGUCGUUUUAACACAUGGUCUGCAUAGUAACCUCGGUUCUGAUAUGCUGUAUAUGAAAGAGAGUAUCGACGCUGCCGCAAAGCAAGCUAAGAUCAAUGCGAGGGCAAGAAAAGCACGAGAGAAGGCCGAGAAGGACGAUGCGCAAGAAGGCAACGAAUCAAAGACUGCCGGGAAGCAACCUGAAAAUAAUAAUGAUAAUGACGAAUAUGAUGACGAAGAAGUCGUAGUACGAGGCUUCUCGGGAAAUGCUACUCGGACAGAAAGAGGUAUCAAGUUUUUAGGAAAGCGUUUGGCACGUUGGGUGCUGUCUAUAACAUAUCCAGAUCAGCCAUUUCUACCAUCUCUAAAGAAAGCGGCAAGUGGUGGUAUUACUAAUGCCUUUAAGAGCGACAAUGGAAAUGACAACAUAGAAGGGAAGCCCGCACAUAAACACAGUACUAUACACAAGACUCAUCACGACGGCGACGAUCGCGAAUUUCAGAUUACUAGCAUCAGUUUUAUCGGUCAUUCUUUAGGAGGUCUUGUUCAGGUUUACGCUAUCGCCUACAUUCAAAAGCACUCACCCCGUUUCUUCGACUUAAUUCGGCCGAUAAACUUCAUUACGCUUGCAUCUCCAUUAUUAGGUCUAAGCAACGAAAAUCCAUUAUACGUCAAAUUUGCUCUCGACUUUGGUCUCGUUGGAAGAACCGGGCAAGAUUUGGGUCUUACGUGGCGAGCACCGACUAUCGCCAGAAGUGGCUGGGGCGCAUUAGUUGGGACACUCGGAGAAAGUGCUCAUAAAAAAGUAAUAGGAGAGGUUCAACCAGAGUCGAAACCCCUUCUACGUAUUCUGCCUACUGGCCCGGCACACCGAGCCUUGAAGAAGUUUCGUAAUCGGACAGUUUAUUCUAACGUGGUCAACGAUGGGAUUGUACCACUACGCACAAGCUGCUUGCUAUUUCUAGACUGGCAAGGGCUCGGUCGAGUGGAGAAGGCUCGACGAGAGGCCGGCUUGGUUGAAACGGUCGUUGGCUUCGGAUGGGCAGAAUUGACAGGUGCUAAUGUGACAUCGCGAAGAGGGCCAUGGUCACCUACCAGUGAAGAAGUCCCAUCAUUGUCGCAGUCCGGCGUUGAGUCCGAAUCUUCCCGCGAUGACUCGCAUGAAGUGCCACAGCCAUCUACUAAUGCCACUGUUGAGGAUGAUACACGCAGUUUAAAUCUAGCGACACCUCAUUCGGAGACAGGAGCUACAGGUCAACACUCGCAGACGAACAAUGAUUUUCCGUUUUCCGGAUUUUUUAAUUUCUUCAAGUCUGGCGAGUCGUCGAAAGCAGCAGCAGCUCAUAAAACGCCUCCCCAUUCUCCCAGGGAACAUAAAAUCUACCAACGGAGCCAGACCUUGAAGAUAGAUGCUGCCACUGAUUCAGCAUCUUCAAGUCGAUCCAAAGUAUCUUCUGGCCACGAACUCGGCGAAGAUGCGGUAUCCGCCCCGCCAAAGACAACUUUCUUCGAGUCAGCAGGCGAUCUUCUUAAUCCCACCUUACCAACAGUAGAAUACCUCAUAGACCCUUCAAAACGCCCGCGAACCAUAUUCCAUGAUCGUGUUUAUCAUCCGACCGAUAUUCCUCCACCACCGCUCAAGAAACGUCCAACCAGAUCACUCACUUUCCGGCAUAAAUCAAAUGGGGGAGGUAGCGGGACAUCAUCUCCUAAAGGGAAUGGAAAGUCCCCUACACCAAGCCAGUCAAUUGACCAUGCCACCUCCGAACUCUCGACUCAUGAUUAUGACGACCUUACGCAUACGGAUCCUAAUAGAGACGCUGACGACAUCAUCGACACAUCUAAUAUGAAGGUCGAGGAGAAAAUCGCCCGAGCAUAUCAUCGUGAUAUGAGUUGGCGGAAAGUCUUAGUGAAGCUCGAGCCAGAUGCACACAACAAUAUCAUUGUACGUCGUGCAUUUGCCAAUGCCUUCGGUUGGCCUGUUGUGAAGCAUGUGGUAGACGCCCACUUCAGUGACAGUGCAGCUGCACGCACUCGAGAUGAAACUGAGCAAAGUAACGAUCGUGCCAAAUCAAUGAACCAAGCACCAGAUGAGACCGGGGCUGAGACUUAUACACAAGAAGAUGCUCAACAAGGAAAGGGAAAAAGUGCUCAAGAUGGUACGAGUCAUAAGCACACUACGAGUGAGGCACUUGAGGCUACGGACGCGGUAUCAGAUCUUCCAUCGCGAGAAAAGAAAACGGGCCACUACAAUACGAGAGAAUCACCUCCACGCUCAUCUUACGAAAGAGGCGAUUCCAUCAGUUGGAGUGAUCGAGAAUUCGCUGACAGUGGUGAUGAGAGCGAAAUCGAUAUUGGAAUGGCAUAUGGUAAACAUUCUAAGAUUGACACAUCUCAUGAUGGUGACCCGCCGAGAUCUGCUAGUCCGGGCUGGAAUUGGACGGAGAAAAUCGUGGGGAAAGGGGCUGCGAAGAAGGGUAAGAGCCCUCAGAGUCCUACGAGUCCUGAGUUUCCGCAGCAGGGGGAGGGGAGUGGGAGUACACCUGCCUCUUGAGUCUUUCUUGAUGAUGUGUAUUUGGAAAUUCAUAAGACUUGGGACAGACAUCUUUGAUAGAAGCGUAUAAGCAUAAGCAUGGCGGCAUCUUAGAAUUCUAGCACAGCACUUGGGAAUGGCAGGAUCAGACCUUAUUCCGAGAUAGCAUAAGAAUUGUGCGUUCAUACCUAUUGGUGAGCGGUGUUCAUAGCCUUACUGCUCAAUACGAACUCAGGGAUAUACUUGGUACGGGGUCGACUAUGACCACAAUAUAAUAAUACAUCUGUAACUAAACCUUCAACUGAGUACCUACUUAGGUGGGUACUUUUGCGGCCGAUCGACACUAGUAACAUGAGCUUGUGGGCGAUAUACGAAGAUUACUUGCAGCCGUGUCGUUGUGUAUGGCUCGUCGAUACAUCGUAAGGUCUGGAUUGUGUUGACUAAAUCUGAACGAAUGUCAAGGAAUGCCAAGUGUAUGGUAAUCUAUGAGAGUCUGGGGAUGGCCUCAUUGCUGCUUGGACACUAGGAAUGAGACCGGGCCUCUACAGCAGCUGUUUCGAUAUUCUAUAGUUCCAAGUAAUGUCUUGAGACGCCUAAAUAUAUCUAACUAGCUUCUAUGUCUCAGAACGUACAUCGGU